AUGGAAAGAAGCCGAAAGAGGCACGUCACCUUUGAACUACUGCCUUUCUCGAUCACCGGCGCCAUUUCCUACCGUGCCACCGCGUUCAUCGUCGUCGCCCCUCUUCUCGUUUUGGUCGUCAUUUAUGCCUGCUUAUGGCCGCCUGGAGUACCCACAGCUUUCUUCCGCUUGCAAAAUGGUGCAAAUACUACGGAGAUUACCCCAAAAGAUGAACUGGAAUCAGCACUAGAGGGGGUCGCCAUGGAGAACAGGACUUUGAUCAUCGCGAUACUGAACAAGGCGUACGUGGAGCAGAAUGCGAUGCUGGAUCUGUUCUUGCAAAGUCUUGGAGAAGGGGAGGACACCGAAUUCUUGAUCGACCAUCUUCUCUUCGUCGCCGUCGACCAGAGGGCCUUCAACAGAUGCCGCACCCUGGAGCUUCACUGCUACAAUCUCGUAACCGAGGGCGUCGACUUCUCCAAGGAAGUCUUCUACAUGUCUGAUGCAUUCAACAACAUGAUGUGGCGAAGAACUCUCUUCCUCGGAGAUGUCCUCCGGCGCGGCUACAACUUCAUCUUCACCGAUAUGGAUGUCAUGUGGCUACGGAAUCCGUUCUCACAGUUGUAUCGUGAUGGAGAGUACCUUCAGAUGAGCAGUGAUUUCUACUACGGCAAACCAUUCGAUAACUCCUUCUUCAACACCGGCUUCUAUUUCGUGACAGCAAACAACAAGACCAUAGCACUGUUCGACGAGUGGUAUGCGUGGAGGAACAACUCGAAAGGCAUGAAAGAUCAAGAUGUGUUGCAGAAGAUGAAGAGGGAGGGCGCGUUCACGCGGCUGGGGUUGAGAGUGAGGGCCUUGGAGACAACCUAUUUUAGUGGGUUCUGUCAAAUGAGUCAGGACUUGAGGAAAGUGAUUACGGUUCAUGCGAACUGUUGUGCCAGCAUGAAAGCUAAGCUCAUAGACCUGAGAUCUGUGCUAGAAGCUUGGAAGGUUAACAACUCGAAUGGCACAUCAAAUGCUACUACUACUGCGUGGCCUCCGGUCAAGGGAAUCUGCUUGCACGACACCGCCACCAAGCAUACUGCCACAAAGCACUGAAGUGAACAAGGUAAGAUGACCAAGGUUUCUGUGCAUUCACAACUCGAGAGAGAUACUUGUCGA